ACCCCUUGUCAGUGUCCCCUGCCCGCUGGGCUGAAGAAUAUCUGGAACAAUCUGAGGAGAAGCUGUGGCUGGGAGAGCCAGAGGGAACAGCCACCUCUGAUCGCUGGUACGAUGAAUAUCAUCCUGAGGAGGAUCUGCAGCACACGGCCAGUGACUUUGUGGCCAAGGUGGAUGACCCCAAGUUGGCUAACUCUGAGGACACAUCAGAUGCCUGGGUUGAUCAGUUCACGAGACCAGUAAACAACACAUCUGCCCUGGAUAUGGAGUUUGAACGAGCCAAGUCAGCUAUAGAGUCUGAUGUCGAUUUCUGGGACAAGUUGCAGGCAGAGUUGGAGGAGAUGGCAAAACGGGAUGCUGAGGCUCACCCCUGGCUUUCUGACUACGAUGACCUCACAUCUUCCUCUUAUGAUAAGGGAUACCAGUUUGAGGAGGAGAAUCCUCUGCGUGAUCAUCCUCAGCCUUUUGAAGAAGGCCUGCAGCGACUUCAGGAGGGGGACCUGCCAAAUGCUGUGCUGCUUUUUGAGGCGGCUGUGCAGCAGGAUCCUAAGCACAUGGAAGCUUGGCAGUAUUUGGGCACGACCCAGGCUGAGAAUGAGCAAGAGCUAUUGGCCAUCAGUGCGCUGCGGAGGUGCCUGGAGCUAAAGCCAGAUAACCGGACAGCACUGAUGGCGCUAGCUGUGAGCUUUACCAAUGAGUCCCUGCAGCGACAGGCCUGUGAAACCCUGCGAGACUGGCUGCGCUACUCACCAGCUUAUGCCCAUCUGGUGGCACCUGGUGAAGAAGGGGCUGGUGGGGCAGGACUGGGCCCCAGCAAGCGAAUCCUGGGAUCUCUGUUGUCUGACUCUCUGUUUCUUGAAGUGAAAGAGCUUUUCCUGGAAGCUGUACGCCUGGACCCCACAUCCAUUGACCCUGAUGUGCAGUGUGGCCUGGGAGUCCUCUUCAACCUGAGUGGGGAGUAUGACAAGGCCGUGGACUGUUUCACUGCUGCCCUCAGUGUUCGUCCCAAUGACUAUUUGCUGUGGAAUAAGCUGGGGGCCACCCUGGCCAAUGGGAACCAGAGUGAAGAAGCAGUGGCUGCGUACCGUAGGGCCCUUGAGCUGCAGCCUGGCUAUAUCCGGUCUCGCUAUAACCUGGGCAUCAGCUGCAUCAACCUUGGUGCUCACCGGGAGGCUGUGGAACACUUUCUGGAGGCCCUGAACAUGCAGAGGAAGAGCCGGGGCCCCCGGGGGGAGGGGGGCGCCAUGUCAGAGAACAUCUGGAGUACUCUGCGUUUGGCAUUGUCUAUGUUAGGGCAGAGUGAUGCUUAUGGGGCUGCUGAUGCUCGGGAUCUGUCUGCUCUUCUAGCUAUGUUUGGCCUGCCCCAGUGACAGUGGGAUGGGCUGCCCUGUGAGUGUCUGCCUGGAGAGGUCCCUGCUUUGGGGGUGACUCCCUCUCUCCCAACGGGUCUGCCAAGGGGUUGGGCUGAUGACCACAAGCGGUAUGGCUUCUAAGGCGCUGCCUUGAUCUAGGAGUGGAUAUUCUGUGUUCUAGUCCUACAUAAUUGUAGGGAAUGAGCUGUUGCCUGUGUCCCUUGGUAAUUCAAGGGCUGUACAUCAACUACAGAUCUCUCUGCUCAUCAUGCCCUUUCUUGGUGCUGCUUUUUAGGUAGACCCAAUGGUAUGGGGUAACUGUUGUCAUCAGCUACCAUUUCUGAUAGGGUCUACCACAUCUGUAAUGUCUGUCCUUUCCCCACUUUUACUGGGAAUUGAUUAGUCCAGCUUCAUUGGACAGUUGUGUGUAGGAGGUUCUCCUGAGCAUCUCUAACGAAGGCUCUUUCUCCUAUGGAUGUGUUAGCAGUUGGCCUGUUUGAUUGAAAUGUUGAUUUGGCUCUGCAGAGCUGAGUUUGGUAGGGGUGCUUGUAGUUCUGUCACUCUUGGACUGCUCUUGGCAGUGAGCUCUGAUUCCCUUUGAGUGUAACACUGAGGCAGGAAUGUAGUGCCACUGUGGUGGGUUCUGCAAGGGCAUCCAGGGAGUUUGGGCAUGGGAUAGGAGGGAACUCAUUUGUGGAAUGAACCUGGAGGGGCUAGAUCAAAAACUCUGUCCUGGGGCCUUUGCUGGAUGGACAGAGGGGUGUGGUGUGUGCAGUAGGCCCUCUUCCUCUCAGAUUUGUGAGGGGCAAUUGACCUAAUUCUUAUAGCAAGUUGUUCAGAAAUUGCAAUUUUGCCAAAUUCCUAGCAAAGAGGGGGUUCAGUGUUACCUUAAGCCUUUGCUGUACUUCUUGAAAUGUUUCUAGGGGAGAGUGUUGAGAAAUCCCUUUCCCCUGUGUUACCAACACAUGGUGAAGAUUGAAGGAAGCCAAGGGAGCAACUGGAUUCUUUUCCACUGUCCUCUGCAUGGGGAAACACACUCGCUCCCAGAAAUGACUGCUAAGCCUCUUGCCUUGUCUUCAGUAGCUAAUGAUCACAGAGAUUUUUUUUUUUUAAACUACCAUGGUCCUAAAGUUCCAUCCUGAAAUUUAUUUUUCUUUGUAUGAAUAUGUGUAUAUGAUUUAAAAAUAAAACUGUAAGAUAUUUGUAUGAAGAAUAAAUGGAACUGAUGUGGGUAUGA